AUGCCUGAAAGUUCUAAUCAGAGGCAGUCAAGAGGGUGCUUGCAAGAGGAAGACUUUGAGUUAAACGAUGAGGAGUAUGAGCAAGAGGUUGAGGCAGAAAAAGAGAUGGGUAGGCCAUCUGAUCCAACUAAAUGGUGGGGCAGUGUGACAAAUUUGUGCAGCCAAGGUGUUCAGGGAGAUGAAUCAGAUGGGGUGGACACUGAAGAAGACUUACAAAGUCUUGGAAGUGUUGGUGAAGAGGUUGGGCCUAGGAAGUCAAAAAUACAUUACAACCCUAGGUCCAACUUUAAGGAUUUCAAAUUUGUAUUGGGAAUGGAAUUUGGGACUGCAAAACUACUGAGGACUGCUAUUAAAGAGUACUUUAUUGAAAGUAAUAGAGAGUUUAAAUAUGUAAGCAAUGACAUGAGAAGAAUUAGGGUCAAAUGCAAAGUUAAACAAUGUCCUUGGUUGUUGUAUGCAAGUGUUUCAAGAGCUGACAACACUACUUUCAAAGUGCAAACUUUAGUAGAUAACCACAACUGUGGUUUGGUCCUUAAUAAUAGUCAUGCCAAUGCUCCCUGGUUGUCUAAGUAUUUUUUAGAGCAAUUUAGAAUCAAUCCAGAUAUGAAGUAUAAGACUUUUAGAGAGAUGACAACUAAAACCAAGUACUCACAUGUUUCUAAUUGGGUAUUCUACAGGGCAAAGGCCAGAGCAAAAAUAUUGCUUGAAGGUAGUGUCUCUGAGCAGUAUGCUAUCUUGGAAGACUACUGCAAAAUGAUAUUGGCUACAAACCCAGGUAGCACUGCCAUCAUCAAAUCAAAUAUGGUAGAAGGAAAAAGGAUAUUUGAGAGGGUAUAUAUCUGCUUAAAAGCUUGUAAGGAAGGUUUCAGAUCUGGCUGUAGACCACUCAUUGGUCUUGAUGGUGCUUCCUCAAAGGUUUGUGAGAAAGAAAACACUAACACUUGGUCUUGGUUUUUAGAAUUGUUGAAGGAAGAUCUAGAUAUUGACAGGCCUUCUCAGCUUGCUAUGAUGAGCGAUAGGCAGAAAAGGUUGGAGAAUGCUAUUGCUUCUGUUUUUGAGGGUGCAGAGGUGAGAAAUUGUGUUAGGCACUUGCAUUCCAACUUCAAGAAAGACCACCCAGGUUUGUUAUUGAAACAACAACUAUGGGCAGCAGCAAAGGCAACCACUAUUCCAGAGUUUCAAAAGAGGAUGAGAGAGUUAAGGGAAACUAGUGAAAAUGCUUACAACUGGUUGGCACUAAGGACUCCAUCCGAGUGGUCUAGGUCACAUUUUAGUGAAAUGGUGAAAUGUGAUAUGUUGUUAAACAACCUUUGUGAAUCUUUUAAUGCUGCAAUAGUUGAUGCUAGAGACAAGCCGAUAAUUACUUUGCUAGAAAAGAUUCGUUAUUGGCUAAUGAGUCGGUUUUUCAAUAAGAGGGAAAGUCUGAAGAAGUGGAUACAUCCCGUGGGGAAAAGAAUAUUGCAAGUAGUGGAGAAGAACAAGAGUAUUGCCAAGAAUUGUCUGACUACUAGGGCUGCAACUUAUCAAUUUCAAGUUGACUGCCCAAAUAAUGAGUCAUUUGAUGUUGAUUUGCAAAAAAGGACUUGCAGUUGCCGAAGAUUUCAACUCACUGGUAUCCCGUGUGGUCACGCACUGGCUGCCAUAUGGACAAGUGGGGCAGAGAUAAUGGACUAUAUCCAUGAAUGUUAUAAAAAAGAGGCAUUUUUGAAAGCUUAUGCAGGAAUCAUAUACCCUAUGCCAAGCCCAGAGCAGUGGCCAGAGACUGGUUUGCACCCUAUAUACCCACCUUUUGAAACUAAUCUGUCAGGGAGACCAAAAAAGGUCAGAAGAAGAGAGUCUGAUGAACCACCCCCAAGUUCAACAAAAACUCGAAGGUUUGGUCAGAUCCACUUGUGCAAAAAGUGCAAACAGCCAGGCCACACAAGCAAAACAUGCCCCAACCCAACAAAUGCUCAGGUUCCUGCUAAAAAGAAAAGGGGUAGGCCACCGGCUGCAAAUCCCACUGAAGCAACAAAGAAAAGAAAAGAACGAUUGACAAAGCAAAAACAAAGCUUUUCUCAGCAAGGGGGUCCCAAAACGCGAGCCAGACAACAUGACCUUUCUCAGCAAGGUGGUCCUUCGACUAGGUCCACAUAA